AUUCAACCCGCACUCUCUCCACCUAAAUUAAUUCUGUCGGAACGAAUCCACCUCGCGUCCGCCUCUGUUCCCCUCGUGCUCACCUGCCCCCCUCAGCUCCAGCUCCAGCUCCACGCCGACAGCAAGCUCGCCGCCGCCGUCCAGCUUCGGCUCCGGCGUCAUGGUCUCCUGGUCGGACGGUUUGUGCUCGACAUCGACAUCCCGAGCAAGAAGGUGACGGUGGUGGGCGACGUGACGCCGCUGGGCGUGCUCACCAGCGUCUCCAAGGUGAAGCCCGCGCAGUUCUGGCCGUCGCAGCCGUGCCCACCGCGCGCCUCCGCUUCCUUCUGAACGCUCCAACCAGUGAUCUCACUGCUCUCUCUGAUCUCUCUUCCUCCGGCGCCGAGCAAGAAGGCUGGUGGCAGCGUGAAGGACCGGCACAGCAAGGUGAACGGGCGCGGUCGGCGCGUGCGUAUGCCGAUCGUGUGCGCCGCGCGCGUGUUCCAGCUCACGCGCGAGCUGGGGCUCAAGUCCGACGGCCAGACCAUCGAGUGGUUGCUCCGGCAGGCGGAGCCCUCGAUCCUCGCCGCCACGGGGACCGGCACCACCCCCGCCGCCUUCGUCUCCUCCUCCGCGCCAUCCACCUCCUCCUCCUCCUCCUUCUCGUACCCGCACACGCUCCUCGGCAAGCGCCCGCGCGAGGAGGAGAACGACGCCUUCGGCGCGGGGGCUGCAACGUCGGCGUUCUGGGCGGCACUGCAGGCGCCGCCGCGGCAGGACACGUGGGGGUUGUCGCUGCUGGAUGCGCAGGCCGCGUACAUGCCGAUGGCGCAGGUCCACCACCACCACCUCAACCUUGUCGCCGCGCUCUCCGGCGGCGCUCGGCGCACCGAGGAGGAGAGCCGGUGAAUCAACGGUGCUGACGAAUGUUCUUGGUUGUUUUUCUGUUUUGGGGGUCUAGGAUCCUGGGUGUACUUCCCUACCUGUCGAGCUCGAAUUCUGGAUCGUCCUGUGUUCUUUCCUUCUGCAGUUUAAUCGGUUAAGAUUUUCUAUGGCACUAAGCGCUUUACUUAGGAGUACUACUGGAGUACAUGAGUACAUCCCAGCUGCAUGUGUUGGAAACUUAUUAGUAUCUGUCGUUGGCUUUAAGUGGAUCGUGUAAUGCGACUUCUCA